GUCGCGGCGGUGGCAUGCGGCCCGAGGUGCUCCGCCCUCCGGACGGGAAGUAAAAUGCUUUCUAUGGGGACUUCAGCUUCUGAUACCAGGACACAUUUGAAGACUUACUUUGUUGCUUGGCUUAAAGGAAGAUGAUGUUGUUAAUGAAUUCUGAGCAUCCUUCAGGAGGUGAAUGCUGUCAUGGACAACUUUCAAAGGCUCUUUUCCAAAACACCACAAGCAGUUAAUGCACCUUAUAAAGGACUCCUGACCUUUUGCAUCUUCCCAAGUGAGAUCUAGAUGUCACCCGUGUUUCCCAUGUUAACAGUUCUGAGCAUGUUUUACUAUAUGUGCCUUCGGCGCCGAGCUAGGACAGCGACAAGAGGAGAAAUGAACAGCCGAAGGGCUAUUGAAUCAAACACCCGAGCCUUACCUAUCAAUGUUGAAAUAGUUCAGUAUGCCAAAGAAGUGUUGGAUUUCAGCUCUCACUAUGGUAGUGAAAACAGCAUGUCGUAUACCAUGUGGAAUUUAGCAGGUAUUCCUAAUGUGUACCCUAGUUCUGGUGACUUUACUCAGACUGCCGUCUUUCGAACUUAUGGAACCUGGUGGGAUCGUUGCCCUAGUGCUCGGCUGCCAUUCAAGAGGACACCACCAACCUUCUGUAGCCAGGAUUAUGUGGAACUCGCUUUUGAGGAGCCAGUUUAUCCCACUGCAGUGCACAUUCUGGAAACGUAUCAUCCUGGAGCUGUAGUCAGGAUUUUGGCAUGCUCUGCAAACCCUUACUCACAAAAUCUGCCAGCUGAAGUAAGAUGGGAGAUCCUUUGGUCCGAGGCACCUACAAAGGUGAAUGGUCCUCAAGCACGGCAGUUCACACCUUGUAUCAAACAGAUAAACUUUCCCACAAACUUAAUCCGACUGGAAGUGAACAGCUCUCUUCUGGACUAUUACACUGAAUUGGAUGCAGUAGUACUACAUGGUGUGAAAGAGAGACCUGUGCUUUCACUUAAGACUUCAAUGAUUGAUAUGAAUGAUAUAGAUGAUGAGGAGGAUGAAGAAAAGUAUGGCUGUGGAAUGGACACCCUGAAUAAACAGUUCAGCAUUGUUACCCUCAGGGAAUGGCCGACUAACGGAUAUUUUGAUAAACUGCCUUAUGAGCUCAUCCAGUUGAUUUUGAGUCACCUUACAGUACCAGACCUGUGUAGACUAGCACAAACUUGUAAGCUACUAUAUCAACAUUGCUGUGAUCCUCUGCAGUACAUUCAUCUCAGUUUACAACCUUACUGGGCAAGGAUUAAUGACGCAUCUCUGGAAUAUCUACAGUCUCGCUGCACUCUCAUCCAGUGGCUGAAUUUAUCUUGGACUGGGAACAGGGGAACCAUCUCUGUUUCUGGAUUCAGCAGGUUCUUGAAAGUUUGUGGCUCUGAACUAAUACGUCUUGAGCUGUCUUGUGGCCAUUUCCUCAAUGAAACAUGCUUGGAGGUCAUUACUGAAAUGUGCCCCAAUCUUCAGGAAUUAAAUCUCUCAUCAUGUGAUAAAAUACCACCUCAGGCUUUCAACCAUAUAGCCAAAGUGGGCAGCCUAAAGCGUCUCAUUCUCUACCGAACAAAGGUGGAGCAAACAGCCCUGCUCAGUAUUCUGAACUUCUGCUCAGAACUGCAGCACCUCAGCCUGGGCAGCUGCGUCAUGAUUGAAGACUAUGAUCUUAUAGCAAGCAUGAUGGGAGCAAAAUGCAAAAAGCUUCGCAGUCUGGAUUUGUGGAGAUGUAAAAACAUAACUGAAAGUGGAAUAGCAGAAUUGGCGUCAGGCUGCCAGCUUUUGGAAGAACUUGAUCUUGGCUGGUGCCCUACGUUACAGAGCAGUACAGGCUGUUUCACAAACCUUGCACGUAAACUCCCAAACCUGCAAAAGCUCUUUCUUACGGCCAACAGGUCUGUGUGUGACACAGACAUUGAGGAACUUGCUGCUAACUGUACACAUUUACGGCAGCUGGAUAUACUGGGGACACGGAUGGUAAGCCCUGCAUCUUUAAGAAAAUUGCUGGAGUCUUGUAAAGAUCUUUCUUUACUCGAUGUGUCCUUCUGUUCGCAGAUUGACAAUAGAGUUGUCCUAGAACUGAAUGCCAACUUUCCUAAUGUGUUCAUAAAAAAAAGUUUCACUCAGUGACUCACUACUUAAGCUGCUGUGAAAUUCAUUUGACAGAGUUGUUUCCUGUGAAUUUGUGCUGACUUUUUUAAGAAGACUAUAAAUCUGCUAUGAAAUAGUGGAAAGGAUUAAUUAUCUAAAAAAAAAAAAAUUGGUAAAAUACAUAUAAGUAAAUCAUGCGUUUCUUAAAGAGUUGAUAUUGCACCUAAGAAUUGUUUUACUCUGUAUUAUUUGGUGGCACUGCAUGUUUUUAAAUACCAGCCAUCUAUGUGGCUUUAAUGAGAAGGAAAUUAAUAACAUUGUCUUAAAUGUCCCUUUAUAGAGUGUUACAUACAAUAAAUUCUGUUUAUAUCCAGAUGAAAGCAGAAUUUCAAUAUUUAGCAGUAAGAAAAUGAUGGGUGCUUCCUUUUUAUGUAUAAGUGUUUGUAUGUAUAUAUAUAUGAAUGUAUACAGAUGUAUUUGUAUAUACUUAGAUACUUUAGCAUUUUCGCUUGGUCUGCAGCAUAAGAUGAUAUGAUCUGGACUAUAAUUAGUUGUUUGAAAACCUAUUUAUGAUUUUAAGAAUGGAUUGAAAAGACACUUUGUCAUCUUCGGAUUUUUGGCAAUGAAUUGCGUCUGAUACAUUUUUCUCCCUUCCUUCACCUGAAAUAGAUGUUGUGAUGCUUUACAGUCCAGCCUAAGUGACACAACCAAUAAAUGAAAGAACCUUCCACCUGAGCUUAGAGCAGAAGCAAAAGAGAAAAUGGCCAGAUUCUUCUUGGUAUUGGAUAUAAAGUUGGAGCCAGGUACUUAGUGUCAUAACUGGUAAUGUGUAGAAAACUCCAGAGCAAUUUUUGUUUCAAAUUUCUGUCAUGGUUAAGACUUGAUUUGUGAUGCAUCUGGUUAUCAUGCAGAGUAUCAUGAAAAAUAGACUUAGGGUAAUGCAUUACAUUGGCAUCAAAUCUGUUGUCAAGUGUAAAACCAAACAUAUUUGUUCAGUAGAACAGCAGUGAAAAUAUAGUAUAGUGGGCUUAAAACAAGGGUAAUGUGAUUUGGUGAUUUAAUAAUCACCAAACAUUAGCAUUGGAUUUGGUUUGGUUUUGGAUUUUUUUGUUUUGUUUUGGUUUUCCAAGAGGUGAUCACUCAAAGUACUAUUGCACUCUCUUUAGCACUGUUUAGCCUCUGAAGAUGGAAAACUAUCAAUGGACAAAUUCUGGAGUUUUCUUCCUUUUGCACUUUUCUUGGAUGAAGAUUUUCUCCUUUUUUCCUUUUUUUUCCUUUUUUUCCUUUUUUUUUUCUUCCUUGAGUACCACUGCUACAGUAUGUUUCUAUGUACAGCUUGAAUUUAGAAUUUUAUCUUUAUAGCCACUGUUGAUGAAUAUGGACCAUGAUAUGUAGCCUGUCAUUUGAUAUUAAUUCCACUGUUCUUCUAUUGAUGGCACUUAUUACCUACUGGAAUAAGAAGAAAAUUAUUUUGUCUGGCAAAAGAACAUUAUUGCACUGAAGAUCACUGGCAAAGACUACUUCAGUUUAUUCAGUAAAUAGCUGACUGCUACUAGAGGACUGCUGCGAAUCACUGAAGAUUUGACAAUCUCCGUGACUCCUGAAUGAACGCUUUGAACUCUUUGUGCUGGUGCCAAUACUUUAUAAACCAUGUCAUGAAACAGCUACAGAACAUUUAUCUAAUCUUAUAGAAUGACCUUUUUCAUCAGAUUUUUCAAUUUUACAGAAACUUUUGGGAAUUCCAGAUCCAAAGAAGGGCAUGCACAGUUGGCUUUUUGAUUUUUCUUCCACACAGAUGGCACUAUGGGAUUUCCAACUAGAUUAUGCCAUUCCAUUAUUUAUUUUCCCCAGAAAACUGGACAUUAUCAAGAGAUCUUUAGCUUUAUUUACAUUUUUUUCCACACUGACAGUUGUCAGCUUUGGUGUGCUUCUAUAUGAGACCUCAUUUCUUUCAAUCAGGUUUGGGUUGAUUUAUUUUUCUGGGAACUUAAGCUUUUAACUUUUUUUUUUCCUACAAGUAAUAUUUUUCCUUGUAAUUGAGUAUUAAACGUUAUUGUUCUAGAGAAUGCAGGUUCAGAUAAUGGGAGUUUACAAAGAACAGUGUUUCAAAACAAAUGCUUUUGUUGUGAAAUUUCACUUCUCAGGGUGCAUCUGUAUUUAUCUCCUUUUUUUCUUUAACGACCCUUGUUUUUCUCUGUAAAUAGAAUGGGAUGUGGAUGAAGUGAUAGCCAUUGUGCCUUCGAACUGGUAAACUUGGUAAAUAAUACAGUUUCACAUCUACAGCAUCAGUGAAUCAAAUAAGAGUUUUUGUAAUCAUGUAUGUGUAAAGGAUUUCAUUCUCUAUUGCUUUUUAGGUAGUACAGAGGAGGUUUAAAUUGAUGUUUUGUUCAUAGUAAAGGAUCUUUUUUUUCUUACAUUGUGCCUUCAGUUUGAAAUUGGUUUUGUCAGGAAUCCUCUUGUCAUUUGAAAGAUAAAUUGAAGUCUGCUUUUUAUUUGGACUAUUUAAAACUCAGCUAUUGCUAACACAGUUAAUUCAAAUAGCUGAGAAAUAAUUGGGAAAUACUUCCAUCUGUAGUUGUAGACUUUAAACUUCAAACAGUGGGUAAGAAGCUCUUUUAGCUGUGGCUUUAUAUGUCUUCCAGCAAAAAGAGCAUAGACCAGACUUGACAUUUCUAGUAUUUCCAGGGCAAAGACAGUAACAUGCUUUUAGACCUUCCUUAUACAUCACAAAGAAGCAAAAAUAGAUCACUGUCUUCUUAGUUGUAAUAUUUUAUACUUGUGUGCGUAUAUGUAUACAUGUGUAUGUAUAAAUUAUAUAUACACACACGUAUGUGUUUUGAAAUUUUUUUGUAUGUGUGUACAUACUUAUAAGUCUCAAAGUUUUUCAUGUAGGAUUAAUUUUUAUGAUGUGAAUGUAAUAGGAAAAGGUGUUUCAUGGCAGUUCUGUUUUCAACUGUUGUUUUGCUGUACCUAGAGACUGAGUUCCUCUCCACCCAUGCAGCAAGAAAAGCCUGUGCAGGAGGUGUGCUGCAUUUCCUGUGAUGCUUUGCCUAAGUGCCUUUUGGAUUGUUUACACGUGAAAGGUAUUACAGGGUAUUGUAGAGUGUGAGUACAAAGUCCGAUAACUACUGUGGGCUGUCCCCUUGUGAGGUAGUCAUAUAGAGCGAAAUUUAGUCUAGUUUUAUUUAAUCGAAACUGAAUGAUGGCGAUUCCUUAGUUGGAGGAAUUUAAUUAUUUUGGAAUUAGGUCAUCAUCUCUAACACUAGACCAUCCCUCAGUCAUGUUACCUAAAUUGUGCUUUUGAGGAUAUUACAUUUCCUUUUAUCUUGUCCUUUGAUCUUGUCUGUCUUUGUGAAGCAUUGUAAAAGAUGCGCUUUGGCAGCAAAUGUUAAGAAAUCCAUUGCAAACAUGUCCAAAAAAAAGAGGCUUGUUCUGAAGUGCUCCUGUUCUUAAACUAAAGAACUAAAGGGGAGCUUUCCAUCCUGUCUGUAUGAAGUUGGUGUGGGAUGGCCUGUAGGCAGAGAUGUCACUCUUUUGGUAAUUUUAAAAUUAAUAUGAUAAUUUUAUCAUUUAAAGCAACUUCCCAAUUUUUAAAGGCUUCAAUUCAGUAGUGUCCUUCCUUGUAUUCAGAAUUCUGAGCUGUCUGACUAGACAGCUGUAUGGAAAUAGAUGGGGUUUCUGUUAUUUAAAUUAUGCACAUGAUUAAGUACAUUAGUGAGCAGGACUUGCAUAGAAAACCAGUUUUGCAUAGGAGUUUGUACCUCUACAAUCCCUGUGUCCUCAAAAGUCCAAAUAACAUACCGAAAGAGGAGAAAAACAAAAAAAGGAAGACCCUUGUUUCUACUGCCUGAUUCUUCAUUGGAGCUCUCAUGCCAACUUUUCCAGAUACGAGAUGUAAUUAUGGUACACAGCAGAAUUAAUCUCAUUGAAUACUAGCUCUGUGAAAGUUAGACAUCUAGUUUAAGGAAGGAAUCUGAGCACCUCUAGAGAGCUAUUAAUCUCCUCCUUAGAUAGAUAUUUAAGGAAAGUAGAAUGAAUCAUGUUCUGGAGAGUAUCUCUGGAGACUGUGGAAGCUGUGAUUUACCUUAGGUUAGAUACACAACUUUAGAAUACUAAGAUUAAUUCCAUCCAGUGCUGUCCUACCUGUCCUGCAGUGGUAAAAAACAAGAUUGGAACAACGCUCAUUCCCAAACCUAAAAUCUAUCCAAAAUCUGUCCAGAAAGAAGCAAUUUAAAGAGAUGCUGAUGACUUGAAAAGUCCUUAUUUUAAAUGCCAGGAUCUACUUCUGCACCUGAGUCCCUUGCCAAUGCCUGUGGUGUGUCUUUGGAGGCUUGGGUCUUGUUGUUUUUUGGUUGGGUUUUUUUUGGUGGAACUGCAUCCCCUUUCCCAGUUGUGAAAUCUCAUGUACCUAACUGGCUACAUGUAUAGUUCUGUGAAUGCAUGAAAUUAACAGGCAAAUGAAAUUCAUGUAUUGCAGCUAUUUUUAUAAUCUUUCAUAUUGCUGUAAUUAAGAUUAUGACUAGUUUAACUUGUCUCCUGUCAUCCCAAAUGUUACCAACUGUGCAUUUGCAAAAAUUGUACGUUUAGUCCUGGUUCUGAUUCUGUGUAUUUAUUUCAUCUUAUGGGAUAUGUUUGCCACGUCACAUCUGCAGGACUACUAAAUUUACAAAAACUAAUCAAAAUGUAGCAUUUUAUUAUAUAUAUUAUGGGGCUGACAUGUUCAUUAUUACUCUUUUGCAAUGAUUCUCUAAGUUGUAGCUUUUGAAAUUACUAGGCUAGAAAAUUCUGGUUUCGUGCAUCUGUAUAUGCUGUGUUAGACACAAUGUUUUUCCCAAAUGGAGGUAUUUGUCCUUCAAUGAGAUUAUGAUUUCUGUGAUUUUAGAUUUCUGACUUGAUAAUAAAAUCCAAGAAGGGCUCUUUAUUAAGUACUAAAUAUUAGGGACAGGUUGUGGUAACUGACAUUAGGAAGGGCUAAGGCAUGAAUCCUCUGUGAGGAUGGGCCUCAGCAAGAGCUAGCUCUUUUUAAGAAGAUUCAGCCUCAGUAGUAGCAGGCAAUGUUAAGAUUUUCCUUUUGUAACUGAUGGACUAAAUACUGUUAUUUUAGUUUGAGUUAUGUAGCUCUAGUUUCUCCCUGUUUUGUUUUCAUUUAAGAAUGAUAUAAAGCACAGUCAGGGCACACACAUCAUAAAUUGGAGGGCAUCCUUUAUAAUGAUAAAAUUAUAGAGAGGAAUGUUUUAUUCCUCAUUUUCUAAAAACAAAAAAUCCCUCAGCUGUUUGAAAGCUCUUUCCCCUUGGAUACUGAAGAAAUGCAAAUAUCAAGAAAGUUGAGAAAAGAAACAAAGGGACUUACCCAGAUUUAAGUGGAAACUCAUGAAAGGGUGGCCAGAGCUAUUUACAGACAAGAGGAAAGUAAGUGCAUUGUUCUAGAUCAGCUGUUACCUUUUCCAGAAAUAUAAUAGCCCAUAUAAUUUUGUAUGCUCAUAUUUCUAAGUCAUGUUUUAGCAUUUAGAUGUUCUGAAUACUCAUAUGUGUGCUUAUGCGGCAAUUCCUGGUAUCUCUUUCAUUUUUAUGAACUACAUGAAGAUUUUAUUUUCACUUAUCACUGCCCAGCUGCAUUUUUUGUUAAACUCUGAAAUGAUUUUGUGCAUGCACACACAGAUGCAUGUCAGACUUAAUUGCUUACGAUUUUUGCAAUAGUUUUUGAGAACAAAUAAACUAUAGGUUUUAGGUAAAAAUGGUAAAGAUUUGAUCUGUUUGCUUCAGUGUACUGAUUGCUGCUGGUGGUAGGGAGAGGGGAAAAAGAAACUUGUGAUGUUCAGAACAGUCACGAGAAUCUUAUUUGAUUUUUUUCUUUAGGAAAAGUAACAUUUUUCUUGGAUUAGACUAGUAGGAAAUUUAACAUUAAAAUAAAAUUUUGGUAAUGUUUUUGACAUACAUUUCUAUAGUGUACAAAACAGUGUGAUUAGUUUACAGCAGUCUGAACGUUUAGUUUCCAUAUUCUUAGUAUUUGUUUACAUAGGUCUUGUAACAAAUUGGGAAUGCCAUGCCUUAAGUGCCAGUGGUUUCUGCUUACUCUGUUGGAAACUGUUCAUAGUAUCAAAACAUGAAAAUUUGAAUUUGGAUUAAACAGAGGACAAAGUUUAUGAAACACUGAACUGUGAGCAGUUUAGGGAGACACUGUGUAUAAUUGUGGUGAAUUCCCAUUCUUGCUGUUACACCAUUGUAAAGACCUAUUGGGUCAUGCAGUCCUCUGCUCACUCUCAAGAGAUGAGUUCUCUCUAUCAUACCUUGGUCUCUUCAGAUUUUCUUCAGGGUAUUGCCAUAGAAUUCUGCACAUACACACUCUUCUGAAACUAAUAGAGGAAAAUUAAAAAGAGCUGGUUUGGUUGUGAUUUGAAAAUUAGUCUAUGCUUGGAGUUAUUUUGGAAUAGUUACUGAAAGGGAAAUAAAAUAUCCAGGAAUUGGUGUGUUCACAGGGGAACCUCACAUUUUCUGAUUUACUUUUGACAGACAAGUCCUAAUUGCCAGCAGUCCCUUAAGGCAUCUUAGUGAAAUCGAUGUAAUGGUCUUGCUCUAGAUCUUCCUAGUGAGCAUAAAGCCAUUACAGCUCUUUAGCAUCCUGUGGCAUUUUGAAUUCAUCUCCUUACCAGGCACAAUGUGGAGUUAAGGUGUAUGGAGAUUGGCCUGAUCUCUGAAAGUGAGGUGUUUGAAUUGCCUGGGGAAAUUUCCUGCUCACAUUUAUUCCUGGGUGUGGAUGAAAAUGAAGGGCAUCUCCAGGUCUUGAAAUACAAAUACCUGAACCCACCACCUUUAUUCAUUUUAAAAUAAUAGGUCUCUCCCUGCCCCCCCUCAAAUAAUGAGCAACAAAAUACUUGCACUGUAUUUAUGAUUUAGGUGAUAUGGUUUAGCAUUGGUCUUGACAGUCCUGAGGUAACAGUUGGACUCGAUGAAAUUAAAGUUCUUUUCCAACCUAGCUGAUUAUAUGAUGUAAUAGUAUGCUCAGUUUUCUGCCCCAGCAAUAGGAGUUUGUGUAAUGUCACAACGAACUCCUACUGUGUUACCUUCUAAAGGGACUGAUUUCUAUUAAAGGUGGAAGAGCAACAACAGAGCGAACAGUUCCGACGCUAUCUGUAAAUGGGUUUGUUAUGCAUGCUAUGCCAGUAAGCCCCCGGAGCAAGUUAUGCCUUUUUUUAAUAACCAGUUGAGAAGGACAAAAGGGAUAAUUGCCUCUAAGCACAUUUUCUAUGGCUGGAGGACAUUUAAUUUUAAAUCAUCUAAUUUUAAAUAACUAGGGUAGGUGCUAAAGUUAGGAAACUAGUCUCCUAGGAUGCCUUCACUCUGGGUGGAUGGUUCUUCCACAGGGUAAUUCAGACUGGGAGAUUAAUCUUAAACUGAGGUCUUGAAUUGACCUCUGGAGAAGCUGAGGUCCAUGUAGACUACAUAAAACUUCUGUUGGAAACUUUCUGAGCUAUGUGUGCUAUCCUAACAAGUGGAUUCUGGGUAACAGGCUUUGUACCCCUCAGUGCUGCCUGUUAGUCCCCUAGCUUCUCUUGCUUCCACUGAAGGAAGGCCACUGCUUUCUGUGCUCUGUUGUUGAAGUAAAUCUGAUUGCUUCCUACAAAAUACCAUGGCUAAAGCUGGAAAACCUUUUGUUUCCCAAACAAACAAGUGGAGUGUUUAAAGUUGUGGGUUUAUUUUUACCUUCCCAAGUCAUAAAGAGUCAGAGAAGGCUUCACGGAGACCUCAUAGCAGCCUUCCAAUAUCUGAAGGGGGCCUAUAGGGAUGCUGGGGAGGGACUCAUCAUUAGGGACUAUAGUGAUAGGACAAGGGGUAAUGAGUUUAAAC